AUGGAUAGCGACGAUGAAGAGCAUAACGACUACGGUUAUCCCGGUGAUGGACCCUGGGAAGAUAAUGACCCCUGGGACAAUGAUGACCCCUGGGAUGAUGACGAUCACCUCGGGGCUCAUGAUCCCCAAGCAAUGUUGAGCGCUCUUCUCGCUAUGGCCGGCGCAUCGGCCGGAAAUUUCGGAAGUGGCAGCGAUGACGGUCAAUACGAUCCUAGAGAGAAGUUCGCUCGGGAAAUGGAAAGGCGUAUCGAUCUCAGGCGCCAGACAUGGACCUGGUUCGACAUUGACUGGUCAAAAGAUCGCGGUUAUUAUGACCCGGUUGAUGACUGGGAUUGUGGGGAUAUGAUGAGCAACACACCUCCUGAAUGCAACAUUGACCCUCGCCCUGUUCUUCACGAUCGGAGAUGGACAGACAUCCAGAUCUGUGAUCGCGGCAAAGAGCUAUGCACCGGAGAACCUCAGCCGGACGACCUUGCGAGUUGGAGUCUCGGUGCCAUUUACCAGCGAAUGACCGACAUAGACGAGCUAAUGCUUCAUAUCAAAGACGUCUGGCCUGUCAAGAUGUUCGAAAUCAACUCCGUGCGGGCCUCUGCCACAGUCGCCCUCAAAGAUGCCCCUCCCAGCCAUCAUGUGGACCUUGCCAAAAGGCUUCUUCUCGAACACAACAUGUUGCGCAAAAUCACUCUUGAGCGUUCGCGGUCAUCUAUUAGACCGCUUACCCUGCUCGAUGUUCCGCCAGAAGUUCUCGGCUUCGUGGCGGAGCACCUCGACGGCAAUGACAACGAAGACCCCAAACAGGUCGAGAAACCAUACAUGGCACGCGGCUAUCGCGACAUCCAAAGCCUUCGCCUCACCUGUCAGACCCUCAACAUCGUAUCUUCGCCUGCUCUCCUGCACUGUGUGACAGUUCAGAUGACGAAGAGUUCUUUUGAUCGAUUCAAAUACAUCGCUGAGCGCCCACACUUGCGCAACGGCAUUGAACGAGUCCGCAUUUCGCUUGGCUAUUUCUGCGCCAAUGUAGCAGCAUCUGCAUGGAAUUUCGCGGCUUACGCGGUGUGGAUGCUCGAGUUUGCGCUUUAUCGGAAAGACGAGAGGGGGCAGACCAUCCUACACAGCAUUAUGGCCUACAACGAGGAUGCGAAACCGCGACACCAGCAGCUUCAGGAUCUCUUGACCUCUUGGAAAGACCUCCGUGAUACCCCGAGAGAUGGCGCUGAUGGAGAACAGAGAUGGCUGGCUCUUUUCCGUCAACAACAUGCACUCGUGGAGAUAUUAUCUAUGGAGGUCGCAAUCGAUCAGUACCGUGUGCGGGGAUUUGGAAAUGGCGUUGGUCCGCGAUGA